UUUCGAGUUAGUUAUUACUUUCCCACAGACACAAAAGGUUAAUAGAAUUUUCGAGCAUCAAAAAUCGGAAGUCUUGAAUUCUACUAGAAACUUUCGAGGCCUUUUCAGUGAUCACCUUUGUUUAGGGAGAGAAAUAGACUACACCAAGCGCCAUCGCCAUGAACACAGUUGAGGAGGAAUGCAGCAGCCUGACUUAUAACUCAAAUCCGGGUCCGGAGAUCGAGCGGGAUCCAGAGGUGCAGUCCCAAUCCCCAUCCCAGUCCCCAUCCCAAUCGCCAUCCCAGUUACAGACACCGGUGCCGCAGACAGGGGCGCGCAAGCGAAAGGAGACCCCCAUCCGGGUGCGUGACAUGAUCAACCUGUACAAUUUCGCCACCCAGAAGAACCAGGAACUGGAGCAGGCCAAGUCUAUGUACUUUGGCUCCAUCUCGAAGUCGGAGGAGGAGGUGGGAUCGGAGACAGAGGGCGGCAACAGCUGCAACAUGUCGCUAUCGGAGGUCAAGGAGAAAGCAGCCGCCAAUGAAGGUCAAGGAACCAUUCGAGUGACCACCGGUCAGACCUCGUACUUCACCUCGCAUAACGAUGACAAUCAGUCCGACAGCAAUGCUGUAGAAAAGUCCUACCAAAGCAAAACAACCAUUCGACGCACUGGUCAAGGCGUGCGUAUUAUUAUUGACAUAUUCUUCGAUAAGAAGGAAAGCGAGAUAGACAUUGUGGGCAGCCGCGUGGAGACGGACAUCCCCGAGAGCCGCAUCCUGACCGACUUCCAGCAGCACUCGCUGGCCAUGAAUAACCAGGAGCAGAAGCCGGGGAUCCAGGAGGGGCCGAGUGCCCCUUCCACCUAGGCUGUCCCCAGUUAGCCAGGAGAUAACCAACUAAAUUCCAGGUUACAAUGUACGCGCAGCGUUAUAUAUGUGUUAUUUUCUUUAUUUUUGACAGCAGCAAACAAAAUACGACAAUAAUAAACCAGCGAUUGACUAUCGA